CAUUAUUCUUGAGGGCAAAGGGUUUCUAGCGCCCGUGUGGUAGAGGGGUGGGUGAGCGAGCUUCUUGCGCGCUUCCACUGUGGCAGAAGGCAUCCUCCGAUGCUCUAAUCCGGGUCCAUGUAGGACCUGUAAGAAUAACACUUUAGGGGGUUGCGCUGGUCCCACGAGAGGCUGGUCCUGGUGCCCUUCGGGCUUCCUCGGCGGCGCCCUGGGCCCGAGGACCGACUAGGUUUGAUCCCGCGGCGUCCAGAACCCCGGGCCCGCCAGCGAACGGGGGAACAGCGCUGGACCCAUGGCGCCGCCCGGGGCCCCGCGCCUCGCCGGCGAGCAGGGGGAGGCCCACCCAGAGCGAGGGAAGCCGGGCGCCUUGAGCUUCGCAGACGUGGCCGUGUACUUCUCUUCGGAGGAGUGGGGCUGUCUGCGGCCAGCCCAGAGGGCCCUGUACCGGGACGUGAUGCGGGAGACCUACGGCCACCUGGGCGCGCUCGGAUUCGCAGGCCCCAAGCCCGCCCUCAUCUCCUGGAUGGAGAGAAAGAAGGAGGCAUGGAGCCCGGAGGCCGAGGAUCCCGAGGACAGGGCGAGGCACCCAGGAUAUGGGAUAGAAAGCAAGAAAAAGAAGAAUGAACCAAGCAGCAGAAUCAGGGCCAAGGAGCUGGAGGACCCCCCUGUGAAGAACGGGCCACUGAUGAAGGCCAGGCUGGUUCCUGGUUUUAGAGACUGCAGCCAUUCAUUGCCUCAGGUCUCCUCUGACACGGGACACCAGUGCACCGAGACUCCCAAGAGGCCCUACCCCUGCCUGGAAUGCAGCCGUUCUUUCAGCUACCCCUCCCUCCUAGCCAGCCACCAGCGGGUCCACUCUGGGGAGCGGCCCUUUCCCUGUGACCAGUGUGGACGCUGCUUCCGCCAAAGAGGCAAUCUGGCUGUUCAUAUGCGCAUACAUACAGGAGAGAAGCCCUUCUCCUGCCCAGACUGUGGGAGGCUCUUUGCCUACCCCUCGAUGCUGGUCAGACAUCGGCGAAUCCACUCUGGAGACCGUCCAUAUGUCUGUGGGCCUUGUGGGGUUCAGUUCUCCCAGAGGGCUCACCUGGUUCAGCACCAGCUGCUUCAUACAGGGGACAAGCCUUAUUCAUGUCCGGAUUGUGGCCGCUGCUUCCGCCAGACGGGGGCCCUGGCCAUCCACAGACACAGACAUGGUGGGGAGAAGCCAUAUGUGUGUACUGAGUGUGGGCGCCACUUUACACACCCUUCGCUCUUGGCUAUCCACCAGCGCACCCACACGAGGAAGAAGCCCCAUAUCUGUUCUGACUGUGGUCGGGGCUUUGCCUACCCCUCCCUCCUGACCAAUCACCAGCGGGUCCACUCUGGUGAGCGCCCCUACCCUUGUGCCCAUUGCGGUGCCCGUUUUGCCCAGCAAAAUAACCUGCUUCAGCAUCAGCUCAUUCACACAGGCGAAAAGCCCUAUGAGUGCCCUGAUUGUGGCCGCUGCUUCCGGCAGAGUGGCUCUCUGGCUAUCCAUAGGCGCACGCAUACAGGGGAGAAGCCCUACUCCUGCCCUGAGUGUGGGCACCAAUUUACCUCUUCGUGUGUCCUCAACAGUCACAGGCGUGUCCAUUCUGUUGAGAGGCCCUUCCCCUGUUCCCAGUGUGGGAAAACCUUUAAACGAAAGAGUGCCCUGGAAGCCCACCAAUGGAUCCAUCGCACACGCAGGACAAGUCAGAGGGGCGCCAGACCUCUGUUACAACCUCCAGCCCGAGCUUCUGUCCCUGAGGGUCAGGAACCGUCAGUACACUUCCGGCAUUUUCCUGAUAUGUUUCAGUAGUGCGAGUGUCUGAGUUCAGCAGCGUGAACAAGCAAGUGUUUUAAGAUUCUCCCUGAUCAAGUGUUGGGAAGGAGGUGCACAGAGGGCAUAGGAGGGGUAGGAGAGGGGAGGAAAAAGGAAUCAAUCAAAAAGGAGAUAGUGGGGGCUGAGCCACAUCUAGAGUCUGUGAGUGACCUGGAGCUGAGAGGGAGGACAUCCAGAGGGAAGCACCAUCCAGGAAAAGCAUGAGUCUCCUCCAAUCCACUCCCAGCACCAACUGCUGACCUCUGAGCUUUCAGCUCCCAGUUUUCCCUAACUCUAGAACUCAGGAGUUCAAAUCUUAAUUUGGACCAGAAGCCAAAAUGGAAGAGGAGGAUCAUAGGCUUUCAGCCAGUUUAUUCCAUGUUCAACCUUGGUGCAUCUUGCGUCAUCAACAUCUUUCUAUAAAAUAAGUACAUGAAUCUGGCCCCCAAGGUGGUUGUGAGGAUUAAAUAACAUAUAUUCAGUUAAAACUGUCUAGUACAAUACUUUUUGCUGUAUAUAUCCUCCCAAGCUUUGCAGGUAGAGUUGUUUGGAUAUUGUCUAAUCAUCCCUGCUGAAAACAACUCUUUCAAUGUGAUUUUCGUAGCUUAAAAAAAUUUUUUUUAAAUGUUUAUUUUCUUUUUUGAGAGAGAUACAGGGCUCCAGUUGGGGAGGAGUAGAGAGAGAGGGAGAUACAAAAUCUGAGGCAGGCUCCCUGCUCUGAGCUGUCAGCACAGAGCCCUACCACGGGCUUGAAUUCACCAGCUGGGAGAUCAUGACCUGAGCCUAAGUCAGGUGGUUAACCGACUGAGCCAUCCAGGCGCCCCUCGUAGCUCUUUUCUAUAUUUCAGCAAGUUAUAAACUAUUAAUGCCUUUGUUUUUCCCCCAAGUGAUUCAAUGCUUAUUUUCUCUGUGCCCAACUCAGAAGUGAGAGACUGUCUCAUAAUUCCCUGGAGUAUGUUAGAACUACCACACUGGCUUAGGCACCCAUGCCUUUGCUUACAUAUUAUGUGUCCCUCUCACGGGGUUGUAAGUACCGCUGAGAGCAAUCACCCUUAGAGCCACCUCUUUCCAGUCCCCAGCAUUAUGUUCGGAGAUGUCACGUUUAAUCACAUCAGACAGGAAGAGCUGCGGGGGCUCAAGGACUACAUCGUGGGUCAAGCCCGGCGAAGACUCGAGAAUCUGGAAGGCUGUAGACAGCAAUGUAACCUCCGUGGCCGAGGAGGCUUUGUUUAGCUCCCUGCUCUGUACCAGGCUCCUGGAGCUGUGUUCCACGCAGGAGGCGUCAAUGCACGUUUGAACGUCGUCCAUAUCUAGGUGCAAAGGAGUCAGGGAGCCCCAGCCGCAGACAGCGCUCUGGCCCGAGGCCCAGCCGGCCAGGGUGUGGGGGGCGGGGAGGAGGAGCGGUGCUGUGGGCCCGUUGUCCCUUCGCACGCGCGGCCUAGGACGGCGCCGGGCAGGUGUUCAACCAGCGCGAUCCCCGGAGUCGUUGUGGCUCCAGGGAGAAGGCCGGCUCGCACGCUGCAGCCGGCUUCCCUCCAACGGAGUGAUUCUCUGAGACCCAAUCAGAACGCCGGCUCGUUGCUACCGGCCCCGCGCCACCCAAUGACUGUGCACGGGAGGGAGAAGGGCGUGAAGUCCAGCGGCGCCAUUAUCAUUGAGGGCGAAGGCUUCAAGGCUCUGGUGCGACGCACUGGGCUGUCUUCAGGGAAGUGAUGCGGCUGACCCAGGACUGCCUACCUGGGCGCGAUCGGAAAGUCCCAGCCCUCCCCUUGUCCCCCUUUUAGCGAAAAGAGGUACUAGUAGGCUUCGGUCCGGACGCGUCUGAGUGUCUGUUGUUGGGGAGGGUCUUCAAAGGUAGGAUUCAGGAGGCUGUAACUGCCCCUGCAGAGGAAGCCCACUCUUUAGGCUUCAUCCUCUCACCCAGUCCUCUGUCAGCCUCUUCUCCCCUGGGAUUCGCAGGCCCCAAACCCGCCCUCAUUUCCUGGAGAUGAAAGUAGGAGGCGUGGAGCGUGGAGUCCAAGAAGGAGGGGGCAAGGCACUCAGGAUCUGGGAUAGGCGAGGAAAGUGGGGGCUGAGCUGGAAGUCAACCUCUCUUGGGAGGGAGCCAGGGUAGGCCCUUUCUUUCGGCAGCCACAGCUACACCGCACCCUUCUCUUUAAAUACCCCAAUUCAUAAGAAUCCGAUGGACUUUCUCUUCUAAAGUUCUCUUUCCCAGACCGGGAGGCUUCCUUGUGUUCAAGGGUAGCCGGUCCCGUUGGUUCCAGUUGGGGGUUGGGGCGAGACAACAGUUGGGGAUUUAGGUUCUUUCGCCUUCUUUCUGCUGAGUGUUUAAGAGUAUUGCUUCCAACAGAGCUUUCUUCAGUCAUGGGAAUGUUCUGUAUCUGUGGUGACCAACACAAAAGCCACCGGCCACAUGUGUCUAUUUAGCACUUGAAAUGUGGCUAGUGUACCUGAGGAAGUGAAAAUUUCAUUUUAAUUAACUUAAGCCUAGAGAAUAUGCAUGAUGUAUUUCUGACUGGCCUUGGAAAGAGACCAGACAUUCACUUCGGUUUCUUGGCCUGGCCUUGUUUCUCAGGGCAUAUCCUGCCUUUUGAAGCUGCCUAGAGCCCUCUAUAGAAUUGAAAGCCUUGCCACCUUUCAUUGAGGAUGCAAACAGGUGUUUUUGUGUGCUCAGACGGCACUGAGGUCUGUUUUUUGAGGAACGUUUCCACUGACGUGUCUGUAUUUAAGGUCUUUCACUAGGGAGAGGUGCCGGCUUACCUCUGAAAAGAAUUCAGCCCUUCCUUAUGGGAACCCUCUAUGGUUCUGGAAGCCUGGAGUGAGAAGGCAUGGUACUUUUUCUGAAAACUAGAAACUUCUGCCUGAGGCAGGUGGGGGAUCGCUGUGGAGGGGUGGGGGGUGGGGCGGGGAUUCACACUUAGAUCCUCCUGCCCUGAACGAACAGGCACUCCGUCUCCAGUGCUGCCCCACCAGUGGCGAUUCAGAGCACCCCACAAUCUUUAGUUCCAAUUCUCUUGUCUCUGCAGAGAGCAAGAGUAAAGAAAAGAAGGGGGAAAUGGAGGUGAAGAAGCUUAAGGAGCCUGUGUGAGAGAGGCUGCCUGGUUAGGCAGCAUGGCAGGAGUCCUUUGAAGAACCAGGGGCCCUGAACCAGGGGGUAUGGCCAGAUAUCACCUCAGGGCUCCUGAACUAUGGGACAACAGUGCUGUUUGGCUCCGAAGAAACCCUACCCGAGUCUUGGCUGUCCUCUUGGCUGGACCUCUUGGUGUCCAGACACCAGCAGGCCGACUGUGCUGGCAGCCUUCCCUGUGACAGUGUGGAUGCUGCUCUCUCAGUGCAAGAACCUGCCCCACCAUCUGCCCGUCCACAGGUGAGACAGUCGUCUCCCCACCCCCCCCCCCACCCCCACCGCCGUGUGGCUGCUGCCUUUGAAAAAGUAGGGCCCUGGCCACCUACAGAAGGAAGAAGCUUUAUGCAAGUCUGGACUGUGGGCAGCUCUUUGCCACCCCUCACUGUUAGACACGGACAGACCACUCCGGUGACUGUCCCCGUGUGUGUGGCUCCUGUGGUGUCCCCGUUUCCCGGAGGGCUCACCUGAUCUAGCACCAGCUGCUCCACAUAGGGCACACCCGUGUCCUGACUGCACCCGCUGCCUCCACCCGGGGAAGCGCCCUGGGUGCCCAUAAGUGCAGACAUGUGGGCAGACUGGGGGUGCGACUUUGCAUACCCGCCUCCCGGCCAACCACCUGCUUAUGCACUUGAGUAAACACUGCUAUACCAUGGUCUAUAGUGUGGUACUCACUUUUGCUCACCAAAAAAAUUUGCUCCAGCACCAGCUUAUCCACACGGGAAAGAAGCCCUCUGGUGCUGUGGCUGUAAGGCGGUGUUUCUGCCACAGGCUCCUUUGGCCGUUCACAGAUGCCCACGCACACCCGGGGAAACCUUCCCCCUGCCCAGAAUGUGGCAUCUGCUUCCUGCACUCCUCCCUCCUGCUCAGCCACAGGCACAUCCACUCUCAUGAGAGGCCCUUUCCCUGCACUGAAUGUGGGAAAAGCUCCAAGAGGAAGCACGCCCAGAAAGCCCACCAUGGAAUCCAUCAGGGAUACACGGAAGGGCCAAGGUGUGGGAGCCCUGAGCCAGCCUCCUCCCUUGGGGAUCAAGACCCUCAGUUCAUGUCCACUAUUGGAUACAUUCCAGGAGUGUGGGUGACUGGGGUCAAGUGCUGCGAAGGGGUUUAUGAUGGAAGACAUUGUUUCCUGUCAAGCGUUCACCACUCAGAGCGGGUGGAGGCAAGAGAGAAAGGAAAAAAGGGGGAGGUGUACAAAGUGACAAAGUCCAUAGGUGCCUUGGAGUCCUCCUUCAGAGAGCAGGAUAUAGAGGUCAUCGGAAAUGUACCAGCGAGUUACGUCACCCAGAAAUGGACAGGUUGGAACUGGACUGCAAGAAUCUGUUAAGGAACGGGAAGAUUCCAUCAUUACCCGUGACUUUGUCCCAGGACUAACACUGCUUGCUGGAGUCUGGGAUUAUGGUGCAAUGACAUUUUAGGCAAAUCGAAGGUUGCACUGCCUGAUGCUUUCCUCUCACUGAGCAUGAAACAAGGAGAAAUGACGCUCAGAGCCUUUCACCCAGUUUAGAGCUGCCAGUGCAAGGCAGAGGACAUUCUCCAGCUUCAAAUCUCAUCCCCACCUUUACUAACAGGCAGUCUGCUCAACUGUCUGCUAACCAUCCUCAUAAAGGACUCUGGAAGGUGAA